GUGCGUUGUGAUUGGUCGGCUCGGCUGGUGCAGGUCAAGCGGCAGGAUACACAUCGGUUCGUCGUUUGUCAUACGGUCGAAAGCGCAAGAACGAUAUCCCGCGUCUCGCGAAUACAGAGAAUCCUAUCUCUAUUUCUCUCUGACUCGAAUAAUAAGCGACAGUGUCACAUUUUAUCUGUAGUUGGUGUAAUAUAUUAAAUAGAUUCGACGAUUAUCGAAAGAAUUUACGGUGAACCGAGAAGUACGUUUCAUCAUUCGGAUUACUACGUCCCGUGUCUCUUCGGCAUUGCGGCGUGCUUAUGUGCGUGUACGUGUGCGUGUAUACGCGUGAGUUUACCUGUGUAUAUUAAGUAUGUGUAUGUGUUCUCUCAGGAGCGAGUUUAUAAAGUUUACGAAGUGCAGGAUUAUGUGACGAUCGGUUUUGACGAGUGGAAGACAACGCGAUUGGUGGUAGAAGGGAAAGAGGACAGACAGUUGGGAAUUUCUACGAGAGAACGAAAUAAUAUCGAGAUUGUCGCCGAUGAAUCUUGAAUUUUCUUCCGAGUCACUCGAGAGAAAGAUAUAGAAAGAGAGAAAAAAGUAGAAAAAGAAAUAGAAAAAAGAAAAAGAUAGAGUUCAUUGGCGAGGUGACGACGAAGAAACGAAAUAAGUGGUGGAGCAUGAAGAAGUGUUAAAUUUACUGUGAACUUAAAGCGUAACGAAAAAGAAAGGAAAAAAAAAGAAAAGAAAAGAAAAAAAAAUAAUAAAACGAUUCGAUAAUAAUAAUACGUGUGUGUUUUUUCUGUGUGCGUAAUCAUCGUCGUAUGUGUAUUCUUCGCGUACGUACAUAUAUAUUAUAAGUGCGCGUAUUUACGUGUCCUCGUCCACGUACGUGUGAUAUGGUAAUGGUGGUGGUGGUCAUAAUAUUAAGAGGCACACGAUGCAACUGAUGAUCUUGAACUCCCUGUUGAUGUUCGACCUCGUGUUCCUGUUUUUCCUCUUCCUCAUUGGAGUAUCCUGUUUCGUCUAUUAUCUACCAGGCACUCGGCCCCCACCUUUUGCACCUCACGAAAUCAUCACGGCUAGAACGCCGCCGCGUUACGACACGCCUAUCGACAAUGUUUAAGAAUGCCAACAGACGUCAAUGGAGGAGGCGCAGGGCUCGCUGUAGUUGCCGGAGAUGUUCUAUCCUUACGAGGUACAGGACUCGCUGCUGCGGAAACUUGGGCUCUCCUUUGUCAGGCUGCCCAGGCCCUCCAAGAUCUUUUUCUCUCGAACGGUGGUGUCGUGGGUGGUUCACGAACGGGCCCGGUAGUCACUCCUCACACUUUGGAGUUGACACCACGUGGUAGAGUUUUCUUGCAACUUGCACCGCCGGAAACCGCACGAGCAUAUCUGCCGCCAGAAUAUCGACCCGGCCGUGUAUACUCGGAUACAGAAUCGGAAAAGAUGUGGAUGUAUUCGUUAGGGAGAGCAUUGCUGGACACGACACCGAGAGUAGCUGCUUUAACUGGUACAGUCUCGGUUUCACCCUCGUCAGCCCUUCAGUCGGUCCUAGCAGCUAUGACAGAACCUGAUCCUCGUCGACGUGCCUCUCUGAUGAAUCUUCUCGACGUGAUAUCGGAGUAUUGCCGUACCCGUCUGCAAUCGAAACCCUUCACUCACAUUGUCAUGGACAUGUAUAGAGAAGUAGUGAGAUCGGCACAGUACGCUGCAAGAAAACGUGCGGCUUAUAAUCGUUUGAACGGUUUGCCUACUUUGAAUAAUCCGAUCGAACGAUCUCAUCAAAAUUAUCAGAUCCAGCAGCAACACGAUCAACAUCGUCAACAACAGCAGCAGCAGCAGCAACAACAGCAACAGCAGCAGCAACAGAUUCAUCAACACGGUCAAGAUGAGAAUAGAACGGAAAACGUGCAAGUCGAGGAACAAAAUUUAAAACAAUUACGACGUUCGAACGAACAGUAUCAUCAUCAGCAACAACAACAACAACAACAACAACAAAGCAGGCAACAGGAAUCUAUAAAUCCUCCGAGCCAAGUCAAUCAGCUUUUCCCAAAGACCCAACAAGAUCAACAUUAUCAUCAUAAUCAUAAUCCUAAUCCUAAUCAUAAUCAUCAUAACCAUCAUCAUCAAAAGGGUGCUCUAUUUAAAGCGCAGUCGCGAAAUUCGCGUUCUCAUCCGAAUCUAACCAGUCUAUGUAGCCAACAACAACAACAACAGCAGCAGCAGCAAUACCAACAACAGCAUCAAGAACAUCAGCAUCAACAGAAGCAUCAGAGACGAACGGAAAUGACUUUGAGUAAUUGCAGAGCGCAAUUUCAAUCUCAGUUGGAUAUUCAAACGAGUGGUAGACCUUCCGUGACUGUACCAAGCCACAGUCAUCAUCACUUACAUUAUCAACAUCAACAACAACAACAACAACAUCACCAACAGCAACAACAACAACAACAGCAUCAUCAACAACAGCACAAUCACAAUCACAAUCCCAAUCCCAAUCACAUGCGGGCUUACUCUCAACCUGUUUCUACUCGGCUUCAACAGACAAAGAGCAGUGGCAAUCUACCCAUCAUCUUCUCCGAGUACGCUCCCACGGGAAACCUUUACAACGAUCCAAUAUAUGCGUUGCCUGUUAAACCAUUCCUUAGCUCGCAGGAUGUCCGUGUGAACGGUUUCUCUGCAAAGACGCCUGCACCAGUUCGGAGAAAGGACAACGUUUACACGUCUAACGCGACUACUAACAGUAACAAUCUCAAUGGUGCAAGACCAUCGACUGGCGGCUGGGACUCUCAAGCUGACGAUAUUUAUGAAAGGAACAAACCCAACUUGGAAAGACAAAAUUCGAAUCCUCAAUUAUCCAAUAGAGAUCAACAGCAACAGUUACAGCUACAGUUACACUUACAACAACAACAACAAUCUUCAGAAUUUAAAAGACUUUCUCAACCGAAUAUCGUGACGAAUGAUCAUCGAAUCCCAAUAAACGAGGAACAGAUGGUCCAACAACAAAAUCCAUUGUCUUCCAUAAGAACAAGGGGUGCUCAAGGACCACCAAAACCACCACGUAUUAUUACAACGUUGAGAAAGACACCGUUAGCAGAUAUGGAAAGUAAUCAGACGGAACCACCUGCCAAACCGCCAAGAAAUAUAGUGAGAAAUGGUCCGAGAGCUCGACGUGGUAAAGCAGUUCAAAGAGCACCGUCGCGACUCUACAGGACCAUAGGCGGCCCAAUGAGGUCAUUUAAUAAGGCACAAUGCAUCGGACCUGAAUUUGUUGUUCGUGCGAAUCAACCACCAAAGACAUUAUCCGUCGGUCAAGUUAAGGGCGGUGGUAACUUAAAUCGUAUAGUUGUAAUAAUGUUGACCGGUCAACGUAUGGAAGUAACUUGCGAUCCACAAAAGAUAACGGCAGGAGACUUGUUUCAGGCAAUAGUCCAAGCGGAAAAUCUCGAGGAGAAUUUCACGUUAGGAUUGGCCGUGUUAUUGGCCGGUGACUUUGCCAUUUUGCCGCCCGAAACAAAAUUGAACAAGGUUGCUCCGCCGGGUUGGUUAAACGGUGGCAAAAAUAGUAAGGGUUCCUUGGGCCUUCCAACCAGUUUCAUGCUGUAUCUAAGACUACGCUUUUUCCUACCUUCCCUUCGUGGUAUCAGAAAUUGGAUAUCGAAACACUUGCUCUAUCUGCAAAUAAGACGGUGCAUACUCGAGCAACAACUGGUAUGUUCCUAUUCCGAGUUAAUCUAUCUAACAGGUCUGGCACUUCAAGUCGAGUUUGGAAAUUACAACGCCAACGAACACGGUUGUGGUGAUUAUUUUUUAUUGGAGCAUUACGUACCAGAAUCAUUGAUAUUAAACAUGGAUCAGCAUCAAUCUAAUGUGAAUGCCGAAGCUUUGCGUUUACAACUACAGCAGGCUCAUAGGGAUCGACGUGGUUUAGACUCGAACAAGGCCGAGGAAAUGUUCAUAACACAUUCCCAAUCCUUACAGGAUUAUGGAUCGCAUUAUUACAUAGCCAGUGUCGAUUCGAAGGAACUCGAAAAGGUUAUGGCACAAGAGAAAAAACAUAAAAUCAACGAGGACAAACGUCGGAGUUGCGAGGGUGCACGGAAUGAAAAUAUUUAUGGACAGGAAAUGAUUGCUACUAGUACUACUACUGCUACUGCUACUGCUAUUACUACUACUAAUACUACUACUUAUGGUAGAAUGGAUAAUCUACCUGGUCCUAACUCUUCUGAUAAUAUUCCUAAAACGCGUUAUAAUAACGACGAACGUAAUCUUGACAUUGGCGUUAACAAUACAAGGACGAAUAAAAAUUUCAACGUUAACCCAUCCGAACAAAUCUCUUCGAAACAAACUAUCUGCGGACUUUCAAGAAAAGAUACUUGCAUAAAUAAUAAUAAUAAUAAUAAUAAUAAUAACAAUAAUAAUAAUAAUAACAAUAAUAAUAAUAAUAAAAAUAAUAUUAAUAAUAAUAACAACAAUAAUAUUAAUAACAGCAAGAAUAAGUCAUCGAAGACGAAGAAAAGCGAUAGUAACGUUUGGUUGGCCAUUCAUGCUCAAGGUUUAAAACUUUUCGAAAGAGGUGGUGAGCCUAGAGAAAGAAUGGAAUUGGCUCAAUUUCAAUGGAGAGACAUUCAAACGUUGAGCUACAAUAAGAAUUGUUUAGUCGUUUACACGAAAUUAAACGGUAAACGAUGCAAAUUCAAGCUACGCAUGGAUCACAGAAAAAGUUACUUCGCUUUCAAACUGACCUCGUUGCAUCAUCAGUUCUUCCUGAAAUUACGUUCAGAGCUUACGUCGCUUCAGGGACUUGCAAAAGAUUUUGGAAUCCCUAUGACCGUCGAGACAUCAUCUGGUUCACCCGCGAAAAUGAAAAACACCGAUGGAAAAACAAAAAUAACGAUUGCCGCAAACACAGUGAAAUUACAUCCAAAAUUGAGUUAUCCGAUGCAACUGGAGGAAUACCAAAACAAAGAGAAUGAAAAUCCUCAAAAAGAUACGAAUGCAAUAGCUCAGAAUCAAGAUAAUCAUGCGUUUUAUUCCUCGGAGGAAGAUGCUCUGUAUGCUCAAGUAAAUGUUAGAUUAGAGCCCGAAGGUGAGUCGCGUGAUACAGAGGACGAGUCCGAAGGAGAUCUGAUAAAUCCGAACGAACCGAUUAUCACGUUGGAUAUCAAGGAAAGGGAUAGAGGUACGAUUUAUGCCUGUUCGAGGAUCAAAAGUGAUACAGAGUGUGUUUAUUCUUUGCCAAAAAUGAUGUCAACCAACGACAUUGAUCAUUUAAACGAAAAGUCUGAUAAUCCUGAGGAACUUUACGCAGCGAUCAAUAAAGCCGGCCUAUCGAGAAAGAAAAACUUUCCUGUUCCCGAAGAGGUAUGGGAGGUAGCCGACGUAAAAAAGACAAUACACAAAAUGAAAACGUCGAGUUUGCCGAAUUAUGGGACACCAAGACAAAGUACAGGUUUUCGCACACCGAGCUUACCACGUCGAUUGGGUGUAAAAAUGGGUACUCGUGCGAUCUACAGUAGCCUCGCUCAGAAAGAUGCCGUUCUUACCGACGAUGCUGAGUCGGUAUCUCUAAAGUCGGACACGGAAUCGUCGAUAAGGUCGUUUUCGGCAAGAUCGACGGAGUCACCUUUGCCCGAAGCUUACGUACUCAAUGCAGACAUAAGAACGGACGACGAAACUUUUCACGUAACCGAAGAGGAAUCAAUAUCGGCCUCGUUGAUGGCACGUUUGGAAGAAUUGUCCUUUGCCGAAGAAAGGAUAUUACAUACGAUCAAAUUAGAACGAGGACACGGUGGUAGUAUAGGUUUACAGGUUACCGAAGGUAACGAUGGUGGUGUCUACGUUCAAGCAGUAUCGGUCGGUGGUUCUGCUGAUAUGGCCGGCAACGUUAACAAAGGUGAUAGGAUCGUGGCAAUAAACGGACAAAAUUUAUUAAAUCUUCGAUACGAGGACGCUUUGAAGAUGUUACAAAGUUCCUCGGAAACGGUCGAACUUGUUCUUUCUCAACCAGAUUCACGAAAAAAAUUAGAUAAUCGUGAUACCGUUGUCGUAGAUAAUAACUAUCUUCACGACAUUAGAUUCGAUGUUUCGUCCGAAGCCGAAACGUCCAGCAUGACGAACAAAUUGUUGGCACAGAAGACUAUGGAUGUUGCCUCGGUACAAAACACAUCUAGUGCAUAUAGUAGUGCUGCUUCUAGCGCAAUGGGUAACCACAAUGCUAACAGUUUGUACCUGACCGAUCUCGUCGGUAACAACGCCCUCAAGUCUGCUAGUAUGCUACUUAGUAUCGAAGACUUUGAUGUUAGUAGGACCAGUCGUCAGGUGUUCAUAUAAUUAGUAGGUACGCCCAGGCGUGUGAAACGACCAGCAACGUGAAAAAAGGGAAGAAAAAAAAAAAGAAAAGAAAAGAAGAAAAAAAAAUGAAUAAAAAAAAAAAAAAGAAAGAAAGAACGAAAGAAAGAGAUAAAUCAUUAUUGAACGAGCCCGAGUCAGAGAGUAAGAGGAGGAGAGUGGGAGUGGGGUAAAAAAAAAAAGAAAGAAACGUAGUCCAUCAUUUCUAAGGAAUCACCUUUAGUAUCCGCCGGUCGUACGUCGUGGUCGUAUCUUUUCUUUCGUAUGCGCGCGCGGUAUUCUAACUCGAUAAAGGGAGCCGAAGAAAACGUAAACGCUCGAUGUUUCACAAAUGUGAACAUAUUAUACGUCGAAUAGAAAGAGAGAAAAAAAAAAGAAAAUAAAAAAGAAACUUUAU